GGGGGACGGGGACAGAGGAGGGCUCGGAGGAGCUGAUAUGUCCGCCAUCUUGAAGAGUCGGUGAUGGUGGCGAGCAGCACUUUUCCCGCCUGAGGGGGGGUGUCCGCUAGGGGAGAAGAGGAAGAAAUCUGCUUCAUCUUAACCUAAUUCAGGCUGCUAAUCUGCUAAUACUGUAGAUUUAAAGAUUUUGCUGCUGCCAGGAUACCCUGUAAUGGGCAAAGAGCCACAAAGAAUACAUUUUCUUUUUCUUUUUAACAUUUUCUGUUAACAGGGUCCUGGCUCCUGUUGAAAAGUGAUGGAGUAAUCUGGUCAGCAUCUGCCAUAUUGAGAAACCAGCCCCUAAUACAGCUUGCCUGGGAGAAAGUUUGUGAAAUAACACAGUAACAUGUUUGCAGUAACCAGCAUGUUUUGGAAAUUUGAUCUUCACUCAUCAUCCCACAUAGACACACUUCUAGAGAGAGAAGAUGUAACGCUGAAGGAACUGAUGGAUGAAGAUGAUGUUUUACAAGAGUGCAAAGCUCAAAAUCGCAAACUAAUAGAGUUUCUUUUGAAAUCGGAAUGUCUGGAAGAUCUAGUAUCAUUCAUUAUAGAAGAGCCACCACAAGACAUGGAUGAAAAAAUCAGAUACAAGUACCCAAACAUUUCUUGUGAGCUGCUUACUUCAGAUGUUUCACAGAUCAAUGAUAGACUAGGAGAAGAGGAGUCAUUAUUAACAAAAUUGUACGGUUUUCUUCUAAAUGAGCCCCCUCUAAAUCCAUUAUUGGCCAGUUUCUUCAGCAAGGUGCUAAGUAUUCUCAUUAGCAGAAAACCAGAACAGAUUGUGGAUUUCUUAAAGAAAAAACACGAUUUUGUAGACCUCAUUAUAAAGCACAUAGGGACCUCUGCUAUUAUGGACUUGUUGCUUAGGCUGCUAACAUGCAUAGAACCUCCCCAGCCCAGGCAAGAAGUAUUAAAUUGGUUAAAUGAAGAGAAAAUAAUUCAGCGACUUGUGGAAAUUGUGCAUCCUUCUCAAGAUGAAGAUAGACAUUCAAAUGCAUCCCAAUCACUCUGUGAAAUUAUUCGCUUGAGCAGAGACCAGAUGCUACAAGUACAAAAUAGUUCAGAACCAGAUCCCCUGCUUGCAACACUAGAAAGAAAAGAAAUCAUACAACAGCUGCUAUCAAAUAUUUUUCAUAAAGAAAAAAAUGAAUCUGCGAUAGUCAGUGCAAUUCAGAUAUUGCUGACCUUACUGGAAACAAGACGGCCAACAUUUGAAGGUCAUAUAGAGAUUUGCCCCCCGGGUAUGAGCCACUCAACAUAUUCAGUCAACAAGAGUGUAUUAGAAGCCAUAAAAGCACGACUUGCAUCCUUCCAUGAACUGCUCUUGGAACCCCCCAAAAAAAGUGUUAUGAAGACAACCUGGGGUGUAUUGGAUCCACCUGUAGGAAAUACCAGGUUAAAUGUGAUCAGGUUAAUAUCCAGCCUUCUACAGACAAAUACAAACAGUGUAAACCUGGAACUUAUAGAACUCAAUAGCAUAGGAGUAAUACUGGACAUGUUUUUUAAGUACACAUGGAAUAACUUUUUACAUACUCAAGUAGAAAUUUGUAUUGCAUUGAUUCUUGCAAGCCCGUUUGAAAGCACAGAAAAUGGUACAAUUUCAGAUCAAGAUUCCAUUGGAGACAACCUUUUGCUGAAACAUCUUUUCCUUAAGUGCCAUGUAAUAGAACGAAUACUUGAAGCUUGGGAGAUGAAUGAGAAGAAACAGGCUGAAGGAGGAAGACGAUACGGUUACAUGGGUCACUUAACAAGAAUAGCCAACUGUCUUGUGCACAGUACUGAUAAAGGGCCAAACUGCACAUUAGUGCAGCAGCUUAUUAAAGAGCUUCCAGAUGAAAUCAGGGAGCGAUGGGAGACUUUCUGCACAAGCUCUUUAGGAGAAACAAACAAAAGAAACACAGUGGAUCUAGUUACUACUUGUCAUAUACAUUCAUCCAGUGAUGAUGAAAUUGAUUUUAAAGAAACUGGUUUCUCACAGGAUUCCUCUUUACAGCAAGCCUUUUCUGAUUAUCAGAUGCAACAAAUGACGUCCAAUUUUAUUGACCAGUUUGGCUUCAACGAUGAGAAGUUUGCUGAUCAAGAUGAUAUCGGCAAUGUAUCUUUUGAUCGCGUAUCAGACAUCAAUUUUACCCUCAAUACCAACGAAACUGGCAACAUUGCUUUGUUUGAGGCAUGCUGCAAGGAGAGAAUACAGCAGUUUGAUGAUGGUGGUUCUGAUGAAGAAGAUAUCUGGGAAGAGAAACAUAUUGCUUUUGCACCAGAAACUCAGAGAAGAUCCAGCUCAGGCAGUACAGACAGUGAGGAGAGUACAGAUUCUGAAGAAGAGGAUGGAACAAAGCAAGACUUGUUUGAGUCAAGCACCAAUACAGAAGACAAGAUGGAAGUAGAUUUGAAUGAAACACCUAACUGGUCAGCUAACUUUGAUGUUCCUAUGGAAACAACACAUGGUACAAAUCUGGAUUCUGUUGGGUCUGAUGUAUGGAGCACAGAAGAACCAAUGCCAGCAAAAGAAACUGGCUGGGCUUCCUUUUCAGAGUUCACAUCUUCUCUAAGUCCAAAAGAUUCCUUAAGAAGUAAUUCACCUGUAGAGAUGGAAACCAACACAGAGCCAAUGGAUCCUCUGAGUGCAAAUGUAGCACUUGCAACUCAACCGGAAGCUUCAGGAAGUGUUGCAAUGGAAGCUGGUUCUGAUGGGGAAGAUGAUGUGGAAAAUGCAGACAAGGUGACUGAGACAGUAAUGAAUGGCAGCAUGAAGGAGACCCUUAGCCUUACUGUAGAUGCUAAAACUGAAACUGCUGUCUUCAAAAGUGAGGAAGGAAAAUUGUCUACCUCGCAAGGUGCUUCUUGUAAAUAUGUGGUGGAAGAGAAUACAGAAGCUGAAGAAGAAAAUCCUGUCACACCACAGCCUGCUAGCAGCGGUCUGGAACAGAGGAUUGAUCAACAAGCUCUUCUAGCAGAGGCAUCAGUUAAUGGCCCUGUAUGAUAUGUGAUGUUGACUGCUGUUGGCUGAAGAAUAUGAACUGAUAUGCAAGGAUUUAUGUCUCUUGAGGAUUUCAUCUAGAGUAAUUUUGGAGCCAGUCAAUGCUGCACUAAUUUUGCAAGGGAUCAGGACCAGCAACAUUUAUAUUCUAGAUUUUAAGACAUUGUACAGAAAUUCGUAAGUGUAAAAAUUGCACAUUGAGAAAUACCAAGAAAUUUUUGCGUAUGUUUAUAAUUGUAUUGUUCUAAAUGAUGGGUGGCCUGUGAAAUAAGAUCUUGCCACCCAAGUAACGAUAGUAGUGAUACUAUAGUUAAAAUGGCUGUAAGAAUAGUUUUAUAAAAAAAGUGAAUACACAAGUCUAAUGUAUUUGAGGCAUAACUCUGACAAUUAGUGACCAAAGUAUUUAGCAGUUUUCAUAAUUUUUCACUCCCAAAAAUUCUGAAGUCCAUGUUUCUUUCAGAUUGGCAAAGGAAUGUUCAUCUGCAAAGCCCUUUAAAUGUUUUGGCUGUUUUCAAUUUUAAAAAAUGAUUUAAAAAUAAUUUUUGGUGUUUAACAUUUUACAGCAGAUUUUCAAUUGGUAAUUGUUUUCUAUAUUGUUUAAACCAGAUCAAAAUGUAAGUCUAUGGGUAGGGAUUUUUAAUAUUUAUUGCUACAACUUAGUUGACAAAUUUGAUGUUACUGUAAAGCCAUACGUUCUGUUAAGUCUUGUUUGCUUGAAACAAUACCUUACAGGUGAAACACUAGAAUAUUUUUGAAGUGCACAUGGUAUGUUGUGUAUUUUAAGUGAUUCACCUACUUUUUUAACCCAUUCACCAAGAUGUACUUUAAUUCAGAGCAUUAUAAAAUUAAAAAACAUUUUUGGAACAAUCUUCAUAUUUAAAACACUGUAAUCCUUUUGACAAAUCAACUAAAUAUAAUGAAAUGCCCUUGCUGCUCAUGUAAUUACAGUUCAUGUGUUUUUAAAGUAUAUCUUUUAAAUAUCAAAAUUGGGCACUUGAGCAUGUUAAUUGUUAUACUUUCACUGCUUUGAUCUGUGUGAAGUUUUUCAUCUGUAAGUUUUAAACCAGAUUUUUUUCAUAACUGGCUUGUGUAUAUAUAUAUAGUGAUUAUGGAAACGAAUUGUAAUUUAUAAUUUUCUAUGUCAUAAAAUUCCAAACGCCUUCUCAAAUAGAAGCAAUAUAUUGUAUAUUGCCACAUUGUCUGGUGAAAGGGUUAAAGUACUUCACCUCUUGCACUUUUAGAUGCAAAUCCAUUUUUAUUUCUUUAAUAGAAAGUUAUUCAUUUAUUUUUACAUCAUUUGUUUUCCUGACCAGUAUUUAAAAGCCAAAAGGAUACUCUAAACAAUGGCCAAUGACUUAUUUUAGAAAGUGUCCCAAGCUAUGUGCCUAAUACUACAAUGCAUACAGAAAUAAAGACAAAUGUAUACUGGUUCUUCACUUUAUUCUUCCCUUCCUUUUAGCAUUUAAAAAAAUGCACUGUUCAAGUAUGCAUUUCCACCUGCAUUCCAAAUAAACAUUUAGCUGUGUUGGAGGACUCUUUCACAACAAAUAGGAAAAGGGGAAGCACUGUGCCGUUUCAUUCUCAUCUCAUCAUGCAAAGCAGGAAGUGGGUAUUUAAAUACCAGAAGGCACCUGUAUCUUUUGGCUCCCACCGCUGGGAAGUCACUGGGUCCCAUGUUUGAUUUACAGAAGAAACAGACGUGAGCAGUGUAAGCUUUCUCCUGUGUGUGGAAGAUGAUCUCAGGUGGGCGCUCUGGCUCCACCUUAUGGUUGAAGGUAAAAUACCACUGUUCUGUUUUUUAGAUUCUUCUGAACAGUUUCUGUUUUGCUUUCACUGUGUGUGGUUGUGCUGUUCUCUGCUCACUUCGGUGACUAGGCCUGUGAUUUUUUGAUGUCUGUUUACUAAUUUGUGUUGAUUCUCGUGUUAAUGUUGUUUUCUGAUUUAAAACAGGCAGGUCCUUUGUUUGAGAUUAGUUUCCAGGGCCAUUAGAACUUAGGUAGCCUGCCUCCAUGGGGGCUUACUUCCACUAAAUGUUGACAUUUAGAAGAUCAUCCACUCUUUGAAUUUAUCUGAAGAAGCAAGCCUCUGCUGUUUCUGCAAUUCUAUCUAAAUUUGUAAACAAGUCAUUAUCAUCGCACCUGUUCAUGAAGCAUUUUCUACAAGGGGCAAUGGUUUUUUCUCCACUGACUUACCACCAUUUUCCUUCAUGGGACUUACACAAGGUGCUAAUUGCUCUCUAGAAGCCACCAUUCGAGCCACUUGGUUCUGUUUCCUUACAGAUACUGUCAUUUAAGGCCCUCUUUUUGGUGACUAUUAUGUCAGCCAGGCCGGUAUCAGAAUUGAAUGCUCUUUUUUCUGUGGUUAAAUCCUGCUGCAUUUUCCACAGUCAUCAGGACCAACUCGUGUUUUCAUCCAAAGAUAAUUUCUUCAUUUCAUUGCCAGCAGGAACUGAUUUUGCCCAACUUGUAUCCAUCUCCGGUUCAUCCGAGGGAAAAGGCCUGGUCCUCGCUGGACGUGAGGAGGGGUCUCAAAGUAUACAUUUUUAGGACAAAACCUUUUCAUCAGUCCAAGGCCGCCUUUGUUUCUUUUCACCAUUCAUCUCUGGGUAAGAAGGUAUCCACUGCUAAUCUUUCCCGGUAGAUUAAGGCUUGCAGAUCCUUAGCCUACAUCAGUUUAAAAUUACAGCCUCCUGCAAAGAUUACGGCACAUUCAACUACCGCAGCAGCCACAUUGACUGCAUUUUCUCUAAAUGCUCCUCUUCAUGAGAUAUGCCGCGCAGCCAUCUGGGCCUGUCCAAACACUUUCAUAAAGCAAUGUAAGACUGAUGUUUUUGCCUCUGCAGAGGCGGUGUUUAGGAGGAGGGUGUUACAGCAUGUCAUCCCAAAUGAAUAGACAGUCAAAUACUAUUGUUACUCCACUCUGUAUGGGUCAGCUGAUGUAUGUACCACCUGAGAUCAUCUUCCAUGCAUGGGAGAAGAAACCUUUGGUCUUACUGUGAAACGGACUUCUAUGUGCAUGUAAAGAUGAUCUCAGGGUACUCCCUACAAGAUUGGGCUGUCUUUUGUUUCUGGUUUCUAAUUCUUUAUUCCUGGUUGGUAGCAGAGAGCUUGUUGUGUCACUGUUCAUACAUUUUCCUGUUACGUUCACAUGUUAUCCUGGUAUAUGUUGAUCCUAUUUGCUCUACUCUGAGUUGGCUUCUCAUAAGGAAACUGUUCUCCAUGGCUAAAUGGAAGUUAGAAGAAUCUAAAAAACAGAACAGUGCUAUUUUGCCUUCUACCACAAGGUGGAGCCAGAGUACCCACCUGAAAUCAUCUUUACAUUCACAUAGAAGACCCUUUCAGGAUAUGACUAAAGGUCUCUUGACAUUCAUAGCCUCUUUGAAAGAACACAAGUAUCUCAAAAGCAAAGAAAGUAACUGUUAGAGCAGUAAGACAAUAGAGCCGAUUACCUAGGAAGGUGAUGGGCUCUCCAGCACUGGAGACAUUCAGGAGGCAGCUGGACAGCCACCUGUAGGGUUUGCUUUAACUUGGAUUCCUGCAUCGAGCAGGGGUUGGACUCAGUGGCCUUAUAGGCCUCUUCCAACUCUACUAUUCUAUGAUUCUAUGAAAUUCAUUUGGGAUAGUUAUGAGUGUAAGCACCAAAGGAGGGUCUGGAUUGUUUUCCUUUUAAAUAUCAAAAUUGGCCGUUGGAACAUGUUGUUAGCAGCAUCUGGUUUCUUCAUCAAAAUAAUUGUACACUAAGUUAUUUUGCUGCUGUGCUAAAUUCUUUUCUCUUCUUCAGUGUUUGAAAAGUGAAAAUGUUGACUGGCUACAGCUCAAUCUCUCCAGUCAGUUACACCAAAGGGGUGAAAGAGAGAGGACCAGAACCACUUGGGGUGGGGGGGAGUAUUCAGCAAAUUCUGAUUUUCAAAGUUGCUGAGUUUCUUAUUUUCUACUGAAUAGUAUGUAGUGUGAUUUCUGUUUGUUGAAAAGACCUACUAAAACUUUUUCAGUUUGAGUAUGUUCACUUGAAAGUUUGGGCUAGUUUAAACUACAUGUGAAUUUAGCUCUUGCUUUUUGGAAUGUGAUUCUAAGGGGACAAUUUUAUUUAUUUUGUUUGAUUUAUAUACCGCCCACAGCCCAAGGGGGAUUUACUUCCUAGUUACUGUCAAGGAAAGAUGCACAGGAUCAGACUGCAAAGAAUACUUAAAGGAGAUUUACUUCCAAGUAACAGGAUCUUUUUGGUGCAUAAAAGGGAGAAAACAGGCAAUGCCUGCAGAGUUGAUAAAAAAUUAUGUUUAAUCUGUUUUGCUUUUUAAAAUGAAAUUACAGGAAGCAUCUUUUAAAAAACAGUUUCUUAAAACGAUUCAUGACUUUCAAAUCCUGAGGGGGUGCGUAGAUGUACCUAUAAAAGGGGGGGUUCCCCCUCCCCCUGUGGAGUAAGCUUGGCUUCCCUUUGCUUUCACUCCCCAAAUGAUGCACAUACUGACUGCAAAUCUCUCCCCUCCCUCUCUGAGGCAGGCUGUUUCCCUUCUGCAAACACUUUCAAGUGCCUAGUAUGUAUUAUUUGAUUAAGUGCUUUUUAAAUCUUCAUCUGCUCCAAGGCUAUUUAUGGUGAUAGCAGGAGAAAGGUGGCUUUGUGAUUGUCACAAGAGCCAGCCAGUCAGUGGCUGUAAACAGCCUGAUAUGUGCAUGCUUACCCAAAGGUAAAUCUAAUUUCAAAAUCAGAAACACCAUCAAUGGGCAUGGUUCUUGCUUCAUUAAUCUGAAUUCCACUGAGGCAUAAAUCAGUUCAAAAUUUAUUACACAAAUUAUAACCGUAAGAACAGUUUGAACAGUCUAAAUAUAAUAUAUAAACACAAAGUGGUGUUUUACUAGUAGUUAUGUCUAAACAAAAUUUUGUAAAACUUGUAAAUUAUUAAAACUAUCACAGAACAAAAACCAAUUAAAAAAACUGGUUCCAUCAUGGAGCUGAUAUUAAACACUUAAACACUUGUUUCUAUAUAAAAUCUCACAUUCUUCCUCUGUGGUGCUGAAACAUGGUGUAUAUGUCUCAUUAAACUCUUCUCAAAUUGGGGUUUUGGGAGCUUAAAUAUGUAUACUCCUGUAUAAGAGAAAAUUAAAUGCUUGAACAUCUCAAAUAUAUUUAUCCACACAGUUGAAUAAAUCAGU